CCCGGGGACCGGGCGGGGCGGGGCGCAUCCUGCAAAGUUGACCCAGGGCAGGCUACCGCCGGCGCCCUGCUGCCCUAGAUUCGCCGGGUUCUUCCCGCGGAGCCAGGGGUGGACGUCGCCGCCCCGCUGACACCCGAGGGACCGGAGAAGCCAGCGGGCGUCGGCGGGAGCCCGCGCAACGCGAGAUGGAGGCUGCAAGAGGGGACGUGCGGGCCGGCGCCGAAUAGCCGGUGGGCCCCGGGGCUGGACCUUGCCCGGACUUGAGGGCGAGCGAGCAGGGCCCUCCCCUGGGCUGCCAUGGAGGUGCCUAAUGUCAAGGACUUUCAGUGGAAGCGCCUUGCUCCACUGCCUAGCCGCCGGGUCUACUGCUCACUGUUGGAGACCGGGGGGCAGGUCUAUGCCAUCGGGGGAUGUGAUGACAACGGCGUCCCCAUGGACUGCUUCGAGGUCUACUCCCCUGAGGCCGACCAAUGGACCUCCCUGCCCUCCCUGCCCACAGCCAGGGCCGGGGUAGCGGUUACUGCCCUAGGAAAGCGGAUUAUGGUGAUCGGGGGUGUGGGCACCAAUCAGCAGCCUCUGAAGGUCGUGGAAAUGUACAAUAUCGAUGAGGGCAAGUGGAAGAAGAGGAGCGUGCUGCGUGAGGCUGCCAUGGGCAUUUCUGUUACAGCCAAAGAUUAUAGAGUGUAUGCUGCAGGUGGCAUGGGCCUGGACCUUCGUCCACACAACUACUUGCAGCACUAUGACAUGCUAAAGGACAUGUGGGUGUCACUGGCACCCAUGCCCACUCCAAGAUACGCUGCCACCUCCUUCCUCCGGGGCUCCAAGAUCUAUGUGCUGGGGGGACGACAGUGUAAAUAUGCAGUCAAUGCCUUCGAGGUCUUUGACAUAGAGUCUCGGUCCUGGACCAAGUUCCCCAACAUUCCCUGCAAGCGGGCUUUCUCCAGCUUUGUGACCCUGGACAACCACCUGUACAGCCUGGGAGGCCUGCGACAGGGUCGUCUCUAUCGGCAGCCCAAGUUCCUCCGGACAAUGGAUGUUUUCGACAUGGAACAGGGGGGAUGGCUGAAGAUGGAACGCUCAUUCUUCCUCAAGAAGCGCCGGGCAGACUUCGUGGCCGGUGGUCUGAGUGGACGGGUCAUAGUGGCUGGGGGACUUGGCAACCAGCCCACUGUGCUGGAGACAGCAGAAGCAUUCCACCCAGAGAAGAACAAGUGGGAGGCCCUCCCUGCCAUGCCCACACCCCGCUGUGCCUGCUCCAGCAUUGUCUUCAAGAACUGCCUGCUGGCUGUGGGGGGUGUCAGCCAGGGUCUGAGUGAUGCCGUAGAGGCGCUCUAUGUCUCUGAAUCCUAGCUGGCCCGAGCAGUGCCCUUGCCUGGACAGCAUCACUCCACUCCGGACACGAGGAAUAGUCUCAUCAAAGCAGUUCAGACUAUGUCCUCCAACUCUUGUUAAGAGCCAGUGGGGCCAAGCCCUAGCGCUCUCGAUGACCUCCCUCUGCCCCCUAACCUACCAAUCCCGGAGAGCACAGCUGACUCCACCCCUAGUGGUGGCCUAUGGGGAAUCCUCAACCAGUGCUCAGAAAGGCACACCUACCUCCUGGGGUGGGGGUGGGGCCGUUGUCACCCAAGUGGAGGGGGUUGUUGCCCUUUCCCACCUCUGAGCUAGUCUGAGUGUCACGAGAUAAACUCAUGAAGGAUGGGGCAUCCCAGCCCCUUUUUAGUCUUCCAUUGGCAUCAUUCCCCAUGCAGAAGUCAGCUGCGGGUCUGCUCCAGCUCUCGCCUACUUAUCAGGAGCUGGACUUGGAGCUAAGACGGAUGAGUUGGGAAGGCAGUCAGGGGCUCCCACACCAGGUCAGGCCAGCAGCCUUGGCCGGAAGCACCCUUCCUCUCAAGUCCUUGUUGGACACGUGGCGAUGGAACAUCAAUGUCUUCUGCCUUCUGUCACCCUCCCUCACCCGGGACCUGGCCAUUCUGUGCUCAACAACUCUCAGAGUGUUUCUGGGUGAAACCUUCUCAUUUACACUGUGGCUUCCAAAUCCACAAUGGGUGGAUUAAUUGCACUCUGGUUAAUAACAGCAGCACAAUGAUUGA